AUGAAUGAAUCGUGCGAAGCUACAGUAUUGGAUUCGUCCGAUCCAUGUUGGAGUUCAAUUGUUGUUCCGCGUUCAUGCGAGUCAGCAACAUUCAACUUAGGUACGACGCGUUUCAAAUUAUGUACCAAAGUUGGUUUUAUGUGGUCUUAUCCCCUUCAUAAUUUAACCGUCACUAUUGAAACACCAUUUACACAAAAACGUCAACCAUAUGCUAUUAAUAUUGAUAAUAGCCUAAUCAAAGAUUACUCGAUUCGUAUCUAUCGCAUAAUAGAUGGUCACGAAACUGAAGUUAAGUCGAUGGAUGAUGUUAUUGUACAAGAUUCAGAUUCUAACUAUCAAAUUAUACUAAAAUUUCAAGGUCCAUCAACUAUUUACUACUAUGGAUUUCCCUUUAAUUAUAAUGUCACUGAAUUAUAA